AUGUCUCUGUGUUUUUCAGCCUGGGCCAAGGUGGAGCUGACGAUGCAUGAGAGUGUUGAGGCGUACCUGGGUGACUCGGCUCAGAUCCCCUGCCAGUACAGCUUCACUGACGCCAACAAUGAGCCCAGCUUUGUCAUGAUCCAGUGGUUUGUGAGAGCGAUCAGUAGCAGCUCCCGGAAGCGGAUCUUCUACGGCGACAGCAAUCAGCAGGUGGUGGACAACAACACAGAAUACAGCGGUCGCAUCCAGGUGACUUCGGAUCAGCAGGGAAUUCAACUGACCAUCCAGGACGUCCAGAUCUCUGACGAGAGGGAGUUCUUCUGCCAGGUUAAUGGGCUGGCUGCCGGGAGUGCUGAGGGCAAGACCCACCUCAGGGUGUUUGCUCCUCCAGACGCUCCAGUGAUCGAGGGUGUCCCUACUGGAAUAUCUGUGACCAACGAGGUGCCGUCUAAGGUUGCGUCAUGUGAGGCUCAGAACGGCUUCCCUAAACCCAACAUCACCUGGUACAGAAACGGCCUGCCACUGAUGUCCUCACCAGGACAUGUAAACGUGUUGAUCCUGGUGACCCGGGAGUCCAGUGGCUUCUACUCCGUCCAGAGCACACUGGAGUACAAGGUGGUCAAGGAGGACAAGGACGCCCAUUUCUCCUGUGAGGUCAGCUUCUUUGUCCCGGGAGCCAUCAGGACAGUCGAGUCCAACAGCGUCAACGUCACUGUUCACUACCCCACCACCAUGGUGGAGCUGUGGAAGGAGUCGCCCCAGGGCUUGGUCAAAGAGGGGGAUACUGUGGAGCUGCGUUGCCAGGGUGAUGGCAACCCCCCGCCGCCCUUCAUUUUCAGCAGAGAACAAGAGCCGGACGUUGACCUGGAGAGUAGAGGUGACGUGUUGAUCCUGGCACCGGUGUCGCGGAAAGACAGCGGCAUCUACCAGUGUCGCCCUCUGGACUCCGACGGAUACACCGAGGUCAAAGGAGAAAUGCAGCUCACUGUGCACUAUUUGGACCCAGCCGUGGUGGUUCCUAAAGACUCGGAGUUCAUGCUCAAAGGAGAGGAUCUGACCGCAACCUGCAACGCUCUGUCCUCCCUGAAAACAUCCACUGUCUGGUACAAGGAUGGGAAGCAGGUGGGUAAGGGGAACACGUUGCACCUGCAGGACGUCACCUACGAAACAACAGGAGAGUACAUAUGUGAGGUGACCGUUCCCUCCCUGCCCGCCCUGCACACCAGCGGCUCCGUUCACAUCAUCGUCCAAGGUGGUCCCCAGCUGGUGGGCAUGGAUCAGGAGGUGCAGAUGGAGGAGGCAACAGGCCGGGUGGUGAACCUGAGCUGCGAGGCUCAGGGCCAUCCGCUGCCCAGCAUCUCCUGGAACAUCAUCGGCAGCCAGAGGUGGCACGAGGUGGUGAGCAAGGCAAAUGAGCACAUGACCCACAGUGUGGUGUCAGUCAAGGUCACCUCGGACAUCAGCGCUCAGUGCAAUGCUUCCAAUGACAUGGGCACUGAGGUGAAGGCUUUCAGCGUCAAAGCCAUUCCCAGGGUCACCACAACUGCUCCCUUCUCUCCUGCUGAGGACAGUGGAGUCAUCAUAGUGGUGAUCAUACUGUGUCUGCUGCUGCUGGCCAUCCUCGGCAGUGUUCUCUACUUCCUUCAUAAGAAGGGAAAGAUCCCCUGUGGACGCUCGGGGAAGCAGGAGAUUACCAAAGAGAAGACCACCAAAGAUGACAUUGUUGUGGAGAUGAAGAGCAACACAAAGAAUGAGGAAGCCGUCCUGCUAAAGGCCGUCAACGGAGACAAAAAGGGCCCUAGCGACAAGUAAAGUCCCCGGCGGUUCUGCAGUGACGUCGUGCAGCAGGAGGCAGGACACAUGAAGUCAGUGUGUGUGUGUUGGAGCAGAGGAGGCGCCCACUGAUCUGUGACCUGCAGGGUAACACCCACCCCACUGUCCGGACAUUCCCCCAUCAUGCUUUGUUCUCAGCAGUAUUCAGUAGAUUUAGACAGCAACACACAACCACAUCCAUGCUCACCUUACACACAGACACACACACACACACACACACACACACACACACACACACACACACACACAGGUAUGUAUGUACAGAUGUGUAUUUCCUUUCAGGUGAAUGUUUGCUUCCUGAAACAUUCAGUU